UAAAAAAAACAACAACAAAAAACCCCAAAAAACAAAAUGUGGUAUACCCAUAUACUAGAAUAUAGCAUACAUAAAACUUUAAAAUGUUAUGCUAAGUGAAAGAAGCCAGUCACAAAAGACCAGAUAUUAUGACUGCAUUUAUGUGAAAUGUCUGCCCCCCCUCCCCAUAGGCAUAUCCCUGGAGGCAUAUCCAUACAGAAAGCAGAUUAGUGACUGCCUGGGGCUAGGGCGGGAGGACAGGGAGGGGGCACUGGGAAAGGGAGGCGACUGUUAAUGGGUGUGGGUUUCUUUUGGAAGUGCUGCUAAUGUCCUACAAUUGGCUCCUCUGAGGGGGCGUGGCUAGGCCCUGGGGGGCGUGACUCUCAGGGCGGGAUGAGCCAGCUUAAAGCGCAGUGGCCAGGCUGUGGUGGCUGUUACUCCUGGAGGCAUGGAGGGGUGCGCUUGCCUCUGUGUUGUGGGCUCUUUGCGGGGAUGUCAGUGUUGUCAGGAGUGCCAGGGCCCAGCUGAGAAGGCAGCAGCCGAUGGCAAGUCCUGUCGUCAGAAGCGCCAGCGCCCCGCUGAGAUGGCAGCGGCCGAUGGCAAGCCAGCCCCGGCCCCGGCAGAAAAGCACAUCGAGGCGGACGAGGCAGCGGGGUGCUGUGCGGGGAGUGGAGAAAUCGCAAGUCCCAUGCUGCUGCCGCCGCCCCCGCACUGCUCGCUGCAGGACCUGCCGGUGGAAAUGCUGGUGGAGAUCUUCGCCUCGCUCCCCGUCACCGAUCUGCCCAGCCUGGCCCUGGCCUGCACCAAAUUCCACCACAUCCUGCACAUCGACAGCAUCUGGAGACGGCGCUGCCGGGAGGAGUUUGGCGUUUGUGAAAACUUGCAGAACCUGGAGACGAUCGGUAUGUCUUAUCGAGAAGUCUAUGCGAAGUUGCUCCACCCAUACAGACACAUUUUGGGAUUGUGGCAGCUAGAUACUGAGGGCUAUAGAACACUGCUGAAUGUCGUGGUGGACGGCUUAGGCAUUACUGGUUGGACGUUCAGGCCUUGCCUUAACACCCAGGUGGAUGGCCCAAUGCAAUUCGAGCCCGCGUUCAGAAUUCGCCUGACGGAGCGGAAAUCAGCCGCGGUGGAGUGCAUGGAAGGCCGCCACAGCAGGCCCCACAACUGCCACAUGCAGAUUCAGAAGGACAGGUUCACCACCCUGUGCAAGAAGACAGACCACCGAAAGGAUUCACCAACGCGGCUUAGGGACGAAUGGGGGCGGGUGCUGGCGCAGGAGGUCAGACAGCAGUAUGACUGCCUGACCUACCGCCGCCUCUACCUCCCGCCCAGCCACCGGGACGACCUCAUCAGGCCAGGCCUCUUCCAAUGCAACUGCAAUGCCUACGGCCUAUCGAUUGCCAUGCUCAGCUUCCAUGGGAAGUAUGCCAGGCUCACGAAGGUCACGGGAAACUCCAACCACAGUUUAGAGAUCCACCUCAUGCGCCGCAUCCAGCUGCCAGAUGGCGAGAUCUUCCGCAACUUCAGUGAGCUCUCCCGCGUGGUCCAGGAGAUCGACAAGCAGGUGAUCCGGGAGCAGCAGCAGCAGCAGCAAGAAGACGGGACUGAGGAAAGCGAGGGCCAUGGCUGGCAGAGCCCAGCCCAGCCCAGCGUCAUAGAGUCCUUGGCUGCAGCUUCGGAGGAGCAGCCUGUUCCGUUUGUUCUGCCAGCAGAUGUGCUCUCAAGAGACCAGAACUACCCCCGAACCUGCAGGAUGUGUUUCUAUGGCGUGGACACUGUUACUUAUACUGCUACCUUAAAUGGCUUCGCCUACACCGGGCGCCACCUGGGAGUCUUCAUCCUGUUCGAUGAGAACCACUUCGGGUUCAUCUGGCCUGAGUUGAAUUAUUUCAUCCUGUUCAGCAGAGUCCAGAACACCUUCCAGAAUGUGGAGGCACCAUCUUCGCAGGCCUUCCUGGAGACGCUCAAGAACAUUCAGUCUGGACCCUCUGGGAGGAGCAGCUUUCAUGCACUUUGAAGAUUUUGAAUUUAUAACUUUUUUAAAUAAAAAGUUUAAAAGGAA